CACAACAACUUUAUCUACUAAAAAUGUACACGUUUGUAAAAGUCACCAAAUUAAUCACCAUCAUGUUCUUUCUAGCAUUUGCAGUCCUCGUAACCACCUCGAACACAGCCGAGUUGGAUGUACUGAAGAUGGCUCAAACUGCAGUGGUUGAAGCCAGGACUAGUUUUGGGUCGAUCGCUGUGGUGGAGGCAACGAGUGAAGUUGCUACUAGUCGUUAUCAUAAUUUGGUGUUGAGUGAAUGUGAAAAGCUCUAUGGUGAGGGUGAAGCUAGGCUAUCGAAACUGGUCGUGGCUCAUGAGAAUUUUACUGUUGAAGAUGUUAGAACGUGGCUAAGCGGUGUGCUUGCGAACCAUCACACUUGUUUGGACGGUUUGGCUCAGGAACGUCAAGGUCAUAAGCCUUUGGUCCAUAGUAACGUCACGUUGGUGCUCCGAGAAGCUUUAGCUUUCUACAAAAAGUCUAGAGGUCAUAUAAAAAAGAGGCUGCAUGGACCGGCGAGACCGAACCAUAGACCUGAAGGACAAAAACAUGGACCAAGGAGACCAAAACAUGGACCAACGAGACCCAACCAUGGACCAGAAAGACAAAGCCAUGGACCAUCGAGACCAAACCAAAGCGGCGGAAUGUUAGUGUCAUGGAAUCCAACAAGGUCAAGGGCGGAUUUCGUGGUGGCUCAGGACGGUUCUGCUACUCAUCGAACAAUAAACCAAGCAUUAGCAGCCAUUUCAGGAAUGGGUAAAAGUCGGUCGAACAGAGUGAUAAUCUACAUAAAAGCUGGUGUUUAUAACGAAAAGAUCGACAUAGAUAGACACAUGAAAAACAUCAUGUUAGUUGGUGAUGGUAUGGACCGUACAAUCGUCACCAAUAACCGAAACGUCCCGGAUGGUUCCACGACGUAUGGAUCAGCAACAUUUGGGGUGUCGGGGGAUGGAUUUUGGGCACGGGACAUGACGUUCGAGAACACUGCAGGACCGCAUAAACAUCAAGCUGUGGCGUUGAGAGUGAGCUCGGAUUUGUCUUUAUUCUAUCGGUGUAGUUUCAAAGGAUAUCAGGAUACUCUUUUCACACAUUCACUACGUCAAUUCUACCGCGAUUGUCAUAUUUAUGGUACGAUUGAUUUCAUAUUUGGAGAUGCGGCUGCUGUUUUUCAGAACUGUGAUAUAUUUGUGAGACGGCCUAUGGAUCACCAAGGCAAUAUGAUCACAGCUCAAGGAAGAGACGACCCACAUGCAAAUACAGGCAUUUCGAUCCAACACUCGCGGGUCAGGGCCGCACCAGAAUUUGAGGCGGUUAAAGGUCAGUUCAAGAACUACUUGGGGCGGCCGUGGAAGAAGUACUCUCGGACAGUGUUUCUUAAGACGGAUCUUGACGGGUUGAUUGACCCGAGAGGAUGGAGAGAAUGGAGCGGCGGUUAUGCUCUGUCAACAUUGUAUUAUGGCGAGUUUAUGAACACCGGAACUGGAGCGGGGACAAGCAGAAGGGUCAACUGGCCGGGAUUUCACGUCCUUCGCGACGAGGGGGAGGCUUCUCCGUUCUCCGUCAGCCGAUUUAUUCAAGGAGAUUCUUGGAUCCCUAUCACCGGUGUGCCGUUUUCAGCCGGGGUUUGAGUCACUUUUGACUCUUGAAUGUUACAUCAACACUAUUAUAUAUCAAAGCCUACAUGGCUACAUAUAUAUUUAAGAAUAUUUACCAUUUUAUGUUUUCAAAAUAUUGUUCUUCUACAUGCUUACCUUUCUUUUUUCUUUUCUUUUCCUUUAAUCAUGUUAAAAAUCUUUGGUA